ACCGAUUAGGGUUACGUACUCAGAAUUUGAACGGCGUGGCUUCCAUUUCGCAUUUUCUCUCUCUAAAAACACAGUAUCCAACAGCUCAGUGGAAGGAGACUUCGUCAAUAACAUGAAGCAGUUUCUCUCUGUCUCUCUCUAUACAUGCAUAUUUAUAUAUGUGUGUGUGUUUAUUUUUUCUAUAAUUGGGCGGUUGGUUAUAGCUGUCUCUUGGCUAUGCUGGUUGUUUGGGGCCGCAACUUCAGUGGAUAAUCGGUGAUAUAAACUCUCGCUCUCAUUCUUUCUCAUUGCCCCACCCACUUUAUUUGUUUAUACACUGGUGUUGGCACUUGGUGAGGGCGCAAGUUCUGGCAUUGUGGUUUGAGUGAUUGAUCCUCCUGCACUUUUUAUAUCUUACUUGACCAAACUUGCAAACUAUAAUCACGAGUAAUAACAUGUCUGGAGCCCUUGAGCAACCCAUUAAGCCAGUUCUUGAAAAACCUGACUUCGAAAACUCCGAGGAGGAGAGGAAGACAAGGCUUGGGUCUCUUAAGCAGAAGGCCAUUAAUGCCUCAAACAAGUUCAGGAAUUCUUUGACUAAAAGGGGACGGAGAAAUAGUAGAGUCAUGUCUAUUGCGUUUGAGGAUGAGCGUGAUGCAGAGGAAGUUAAGGCGGUGGAUGCAUUGCGUCAAGCACUUAUAUUGGAAGAAUUACUGCCUACAAAACACGAUGAUUAUCACAUGUUGCUAAGAUUUUUGAAGGCCAGGAAAUUUGAUAUUGAGAAAACAAAGCAGAUGUGGUCUGAUAUGAUCCAGUGGAGGAAGAACUUUGGUGCUGACACGAUCAUGGAGGAUUUUGAAUUCAAGGAAAGAGAUGAAGUGCUCGAAUACUAUCCACAAGGAUAUCACGGGAUUGAUAAGGAUGGGCGACCUGUUUAUAUUGAAAGACUUGGUAAAGUUGAUGUGAACAAGCUUAUGCAAGUUACGACUUUGGACCGCUACGUGAAUUACCAUGUUAAGGAGUUUGAGAAAACCUUUGCCAUCAAGUUCCCAGCCUGUUCAAUUGCGGCGAAAAAACACAUUAAUCAGAGCACAACUAUUUUGGAUGUUGAAGGAGUGGGACUGAAAAAUUUUAAUAAGACUGCAAGGGAACUUAUUCAGCGCAUUAACAAGAUUGACAGUGACAAUUAUCCAGAGACCUUGUGCCGUAUGUUCAUCAUUAACGCAGGAUCUGGGUUUAGGCUUCUGUGGAACACUGUUAAAUCAUUCCUUGAUCCAAAGACCACAGCAAAGAUUCAUGUUCUGGGUAACAAAUAUCAGAGCAAGUUGCUUGAAAUAAUUGAUGCUAGUGAGCUGCCAGAGUUUUUGGGUGGUAAAUGUACUUGUGCAGACAAGGGUGGUUGUAUGCGUUCUGAUAAGGGCCCAUGGAAUGAUCCUGAUCUAUUGAAGAUGGUUCAUAAUGGUGAGGCCAAAUGUGCGACAAAAUUUUUGAUUCCGACCAUUGAUGAGAAGGUCAUUUCUGAGGACAAGAGCCCAAACCAAGAGAGCGUGAAGCAGUGCAACUCCUUCAACACAAAAACAGUCACGGGCAUGGGCUCACCCAGUCAUCCACAACUCUUUCCGGUUUAUGAAGAAGUUCAUGCAAGCAAAGGCCAUGGUGCAUAUGAGCAUGCAAGCUUCAUUCCAGUUGUUGACAAGUCUGUGGAUGCAGCUUGGUGUAAAGCUCUACAAAAAGAUGAAUUUGCCCUUUCUAAAGAUUGUUAUCCCAUGCCUGAUGCAUGCAGAACUUCUCAAGGAAUGAACAAUCAAGGAAUAAGCAAUCAUCUUAUGGCCGGGUUUAUGUCGUUUUUAUUGGGCAUUGUCACAAUGGUCCGUUUCACACGCAACAUGCCAAGAAAGCUUACAGAUGCUACCCUCUAUUCUAGUUCAAUGUGUGGUGAUGAUGCAACAAUGAUCAAAGGCCAAGGGCAUCCAUAUCAGUUACAAGCACCCCCCAUUUCCAGUGCCCAGUACUUGUCCAUGAUGAAGCUCAUGAGUGAACUAGAGGAGAGAGUGAGCAUUCUCACGCAACAACCUGCAGCAAUGCCACCUGAGAAAGAAGAAAUGCUGAACAGUGCUUUGAGUCGGGCUGAUGCCUUGGAGCAAGAGCUUUCAGCAACCAAGAAGGCACUUGAGGAUGCGCUUGUUCGACAGGAGGAACUAAAUGCUUACGUUGAGAAGAAGAAGAAGAAGAAGAAGUUCUUUAGUUUCUAAAUGCAGAAGCCAUAGAAAAGCUAGAGUAUUUCGAAAAUGGCGGCGAUGGUGAUUUUCAGCCCCACAAAUGCUAUAUAGAGCUCUCUAUGUUCACUCUGUUAAAAUUCUCAAAUCGGAGCGCUACCACCGUACAAUAUGAAGUUGGCCAUGAUUAAAGCUCAAGGUCCCCCCAUCACACUUUCAUGUCUAGAACUCAAUUCAAUCCAAAAGUUGACUUUUGACUGGUGAAAUGAAAAUAGGAUUUAUGUGACAGGAGAAAGAUUUCUCAAUCCUAAGCCAGAAAGAUAAUACGAGUAAUUAACAAAGUUACAAUUGGUGUGCUGGAUUUGUUGUUAGAAAGUGAAUGUUCUAUGCAAGAAAUAUGCGACUAUUGUACAAUACAGUUUGCAAUUUGGAGAUAAUUAUAUACAUAUAAAAUUUGUAAGUUUAGCA